AUAUAAACUCUUUUCUUGAGCGCGUCGUUUUUAUUGCAGCAAAGUUGCACUCUCUAAAAGCCCAGGAAGCAAAACCCUAAAACUGCAAAAACCUCCAUUUUGCAGCAAAAUUCUCCAUCUCAAACGAAAAUGGCAGAAAUCAGACCAGAACAACAAACAACAACAAUCUCAAGAACUUUCCUAAUCAAACCAAAACUAAAACCUAAACCAAGAACCCAAUCCCAAACCCCAGAAUCCAAAUACUGGUCUUCUUUCAAAUCUACUCAAAUCCCAAACCUCGUUUCCUCAAUCUCUUCGAUCUCCUUUUCUCCUUCCGCUCCCCAUCUUUUCGCCGCUGCCUACUCCGCUUCCCUUUCUCUCUUCUCCCCACUGUCCCUCUCAGACGGCGACGUUUCUCCCUCCUUCACCAUCUCCUCCUUCUCCGACGUCGUUUCCUCUCUCUCCUUCCGUCUCGACGGCCUCCUCUUAGCCGCUUCCGACCUCUCUGGUCUCAUCCGAGUCUUCGAUGUCAAGACUCGGACCCCACUUCGUCGCCUCCGGUCCCAUACCCGUCCGGUGCGUUUCGUCAAGUACCCAGUUCUUGAUAAGCUCCAUUUACUCUCCGGCGGUGACGAUGCGGUUGUUAAAUUCUGGGAUGUUGCUGGGGAAAGCCUGGUUUUGGACUUAAUGGGACAUAAGGAUUAUGUACGAUGCGGUGAUUGUAGUCCGGUAAGUGCUGAUAUGUUUAUAACUGGUUCUUAUGAUCAUACUGUUAAGGUUUGGGAUGUAAGAGUCGAAAAUUCCAGGUCGGUUUUGGAAGUGAAUCAUGGGAAACCGGUGGAAGAUGUGAUUUAUUUGCCUUCUGGUGGGUUGAUUGCGACUGCUGGUGGGAAUUCAGUGAAGAUUUGGGAUUUGAUUGGAGGAGGGAGAAUGGUUUAUUCUAUGGAGAGUCAUAAUAAAACUGUUACAUCAAUUUGUGUAGGAAGGGUUGGGAAGGGAAAUGGAGGGGGUGAGGCAAUGGAAGAUAGGAUUUUGAGUGUUGGUUUAGAUGGGUACAUGAAGGUUUUUGAUUAUGGUAAUAUGAAGAUUACUCAUUCAAUGAGGUUUCCUGCUCCUCUUAUGUCGGUCAGCCUUUCACCGGAUUGUAGGACUAGAGUGAUUGGAACAGCAAAUGGGAUUAUAUUUGCUGGGAGAAGGAAAGGGAAGGAGAAUGAGGAGAGUGGAAGAGGGAAUGUUCUGGGUUUCGGGAGCACAGUGGAGCCCGAGAGACGGGUUUUGAGGCCUACAUAUUUUAGGUAUUUUCAUAGAGGGCAGAGUGAGAAGCCAGCUGAGGGGGAUUAUUUAGUGAUGAGAACUAAGAAGGUCAAACUGGCCGAGCAUGAUAAGUUGUUGAAGAAGUUUAGGCAUAAGGAUGCAUUAGUUUCGGUUUUAGGUAGGAAGAACCCUGAGAAUGUGGUUGCUGUAAUGGAGGAGUUGGUGGCGAGAAAGAAGUUAUUGAAAUGUGUAUCGAAUUUGGAUGCAGAGGAGCUCGGUUUAUUGUUGAUGUUUUUGAAUAAGCAUGCCACAAUGCCAAGGUAUUCUAGUUUGUUGAUGGGAUUGACACAGAAGGUUAUUGAGAUGAGGGCUGAAGAUAUCAGGAGUUCAGAUGCCUUGAAGGGUCAUAUUAGAAAUCUUAAGCGGUCAAUUGAGGAAGAGAUAAGGAUACAGCACUCGUUGCAAGAAAUACAGGGUAUAAUCUCUCCUUUAUUAAGGAUUGCUGGAAGAAGAUAAAAAAAAUUAAUGGCCUUGUCGCUAUUUUAAAGUUUCUAUAUUACUUGUUUUGCAGGCUUGAGAAAUUUUCAUGAUGAGAGAAGCCCUUCAAUUUUGUUUUUGUUUUUUUGUUUUUCUUUGUUUGGUGUUAUUGAAGGAAUUUAAGCUAUAAUGCUUAGAAAUAUCAUAUCAUGCUCACUCGAUUUGCCCCUAAUGCUAUCCUUUCAUCACUUCUGUUUUCUUAUGCUGCUUAUAUAAACAUAUGUGUGCACUGUGGUUGAUGACCAACAUCAUGCAUCCUGUUAAACUCAAUCCGAGUUUCCGGCAGUGCCAUUGAUCUCAUUUUAAUUUUUUGAGAAACAUCCCAUACAUGCUUUGGUGGGACAGUUUUGUUCUAUUUCAAAGGUUGGUUUCUGAGCUUUAGUAAGCCAACCAUGAAUCGCACUCGUCAAGGUAUAAGGAGAGUCUCAAUUGAUUCCCAAAUUUAUGGUGAUCAGGGACAGCCUAAUCUUUAGAGAGCCGUUUUACUC